CACAACAAAAGCAUAAUCUAUUAUUCUGUCUCUGGCUGUUCAAUUGCUUCUUAUCUCUUCUAACCUAAAGUUUGAAUCUUUCUUUACAGUCUCCACCAUGACCUUAACCCAGUUCUCCUCCACACUUCCUAACUUCACAUGCUCUUUCAAGCCCAACAAACCACACAGUACUAGUUGGCCACCCAGUAAACCACUCAAAAUCACCACAACUCCGAUAACAGACCGAGUAAUAGACUUUGGCAAGUACAAGGGCAAGAUGCUUGGCUCUCUCCCAUCUACUUACUUGAAAUGGGUUUCCAAGAAUCUUCGUGCUGGUGACUUUGAGCACUGGGCUAAGUUAGCCGACCAAGUGCUCCAAGACCCAGUUUACAAGGACAGAUUGGAGUGGGAAUUUGCUGAUACUGCCCUAAAUGGAAACAAUAAUAGGAGUAUCAGCGGUUCUUCUUCUUUGGCAAGAAAUGAUGAUAGUGCAGUGUCAAGAUUGUUGGAGAUUAGUGAGAGGUUUGGCUGGGACAAUGAAGAUAAAGUUGGGUGGAGUCGAGUCAACUUUGAGCUCUUGGGUACUAGUAAAGGUGGCAAAAUACCAAGAAGAUCAUCUUCCUCUAGUGGUGUGGAAGAAGAGAAAGAUUUAUCGAGAGUGGAGAAUGAUAAGGUUUUAUCAGAAAGUGAAGAGAGGAGGAGGGAGAGAAGAGAAAGGGCCAAGUUGAAGAAACAAGUGGAGAAGAGGAAGGAUAAGAUUGAGAUUGUAAUGAAGAGUAAGGAUGGUUUUGGAAAUAGGGUCGAUGGUGAUGGUGGGGUCAGGCUUGAGGGAUCAAAACCAGGGAGGGUUGAUCAUCAACAAGAUUGCAAGGUGGAGAAUAGCAGUCGAUUUCCUGGAAGAGAAUCACUCCUGAAGAAAGUGCUCAAUAGAAAAAAUGUCUUGUAAUCUGAAUAUUAUUUUUUCAGUUAGGCAUUAGAAUUCUCACGAGGGUCAAUAUGAAUUGUACCUCUAAUGCCAUUGUAAUCCUUUUCAUCAUGGCCUCUUGGGAUCUUUGACUGUGCAAAUUGAUCUUUUAAUGGCAUAAGAACUCAGAUUAAAUAAA